AUGCCUCUUGUCCGACACUGCAUCGCCUGCACACGGGCAGCACGGCCACAGCGCUUCCCCCUCGCACCACUGGGACGCUUCCAAUCGAGCUCUCGCGCUGUGGGGCCUGCACCGCGCGAAAUCAAAGAAGAUGAAGACGACUUUGAGGACGUCAUCCGCGAACUGCACCGUCGCAAGAAGGUUGACGAGAAGAGGAACCAGAAGGGUGCUGACUUUGUAGACUUUUUAAGAGUCACAGUAAGAGGAGGCAAGGGUGGUUCCGGAACCGCUGCAUUCCUGCCAUCUCGACGCGGCCUUGGACCGCCUUGUGGUGGCAACGGCGGUCCUGGCGGCUCCGUCUACAUUACAACAUCGCCAUUCCUCACAUCUCUCGCGGGUGCUACCAAGAGACUCAUUGGCGGUCAAGGCGGUCACGGAAGCGGCAACUUGAGACACGGCGUGCGUGGCGAGGACACCAUUGUAACUGUGCCCCUCGGCACCGUCAUCCGCGAGAUCCGGCGUGAAGGCGAGGCGGAGAAGACGACGGCCGACAAUGACGCGCUUGGACUGGACCGCGAAGAGCGCAGGAACCGGACUCGUGAGCGCUGGCUCGUCCAGCACCCCAACUUUGAGGCCAACGACAAGGACAUUCGUGAGGCCGAGACACUUCUCCGCAAGGCAGGACGGUGGACGCAGCGUACUCCUGGUUUCGACGUCUCGCCGCCUCUCGAGCUCGACAUUACCGAGCCCCUCGCCGAGCCUCUCCUUCUCUCGCGCGGUGGUGUUGGUGGACUCGGCAACCCUCAUUUCGUCACUGAAAAGACCCGUCUUCCUCGUCUUGCCAGCCGUGGUGUCCUUCCCGUAACUCGCACGUUCGAGUUUGAGCUCAAGCUCCUCGCCGACGUCGGUCUUGUUGGUCUCCCCAACGCUGGCAAGAGUACUCUGCUUCGAUCUCUCACCGGCCGCCGUGCCGAGGUUGCCGACUAUGCGUUCACCACUCUCAAUCCCCAAAUCGGCGUUGUUCGUGUACUUGACGACGGAACGUGGGCGGCGGCACCCCGCAGUGCUAUUGAGGACACCGAGCUCGAACGCCGGGAGGACGAGAGGAGCCGUGAAGCCGGCGACUACAAGCCCCUGCCCCGUGCUCCUCGCCAGCGCAAGCGUCGUGAGCGUACUCGUUUUACCAUCUCGGACAACCCUGGUCUUCUGCAUCGCGCAUCCGAGAACGUUGGUCUUGGCCACUCGUUCCUUCGUUCUAUUGAGCGCUCGCUGGCCCUUGCAUACGUUCUUGACGGACGCCGCCCGGACCCGGUUGAGGACUAUCGCAUUCUCCGUGCCGAGCUCGAGGCCUACAAGGCCGGUCUUGGCAGCCGCGCUCGCAUCCUGGCCCUGAACAAGACGGACGAGUUGACCGAGGACGACAUUGCGGCCAAGAUUGAAGCGCUCAAGAAGGCGGCCCUCGAGGUGGACGACGGCCGCCCAGAGGUGCUCGUUGUCAGUGCCAAGUUUGGUACUGGCCUUGACCAGGUCGUCAACGUUCUUGCCGACGCGGUCGACGAAGCCCGUCCGCCAGCACCCAAGCCCAUCAAGGAGAAGCACCCGCUUCCCCCACCCCUUGUGAUUGAGGAGCCUAUUGAAGUUGAGGAAGAUUUGAUCGAGGUUUAG